AUGUUUUGCAGGCAUGAAUCAUCAGCUAUUCAAGAGCUAACUAAAGAGAUUUCGGAUAUAUUGAACUAUUACACAUUCUUAAUUGCUAACAAGCGUUUAGUUGGUUUGAAUGAACGUAUGAAGAAAUUGUUGCCUUUGUAUAAUGCUAAGUCAGAAUGUGAUGCUCUCAUGAUUGGAAUUUUGGGGAUGGGGGGCAUAGGCAAGACAACUCUUGCGCAAGAAGUUUUCAAAGGCAUUCGUGACCAGUUUGAUGCCAGUGCCUUUGUUGCUGAUGUUAGAGAGCGAUGCCAAAAAGUGGACGGCCUAAUCACCUUGCAAAGACUCAUGUACGGAUUGCUGCUGGACAGUGACGAAAACAUACAGAAUGUUGAUAUGGGGAUCAAUUUAUUACGAAGCAGACUGCUUACGAAAAAGGUACUUAUCAUUCUUGAUGAUGCUGAUCAAUUGAAACAAAUAGAAGCUUUAGUAGCUCGAAGGGAAAAUGGUCAAAGAUUUAAUCCUUCGCUGGGUUCAGGGAGCUUAGUCAUUAUAACAACUAGAGAUGAGCAUUUGUUGAGGGCAGUAGGAGUAGACUACACACAUAAGGCUGAGAUACUGAAGGAAGAUGAAGCUUUCAAGCUUUUUUGUCAGAGAGCCUUUGGAACAAUCACUGCUCCAUCUGAAUACAAGUCGUAUUCCAGAGAUUUUGUAAAGUAUGCCGGUGGCCUUCCCUUGGCUCUUGAAGUUUUGGGUUCCAACUUGUGUGGGAGGACUGUACUAGAAUGGUCAGCAUCAUACGCCAGACUAGAAGGAGGUCCCGGCAAAGGCAUAUUAGGUGUGCUUCAAACAAGUUUUGAUGGAUUAGAAGACACAGAGAAGAAAAUCUUUUUAGACAUUGCAUGUUUCUUCAAAGGCGAGGAUCAAGAUCGUGUGAAAAGGAUAUUUGAUAGUUGUGGGUUUUUUCCCGAUAUCGGCAUAAAUAUCCUUGUUGAUAAAUCUUUGAUCAGAAUCGAAGGAAACAAACUGUGCAUGCAUGAUUUAUUACAACAACUUGGUUGGCGUAUUGUCCAUGAAGAAGAUACAAAAGAGCCGGGGAAACGUAGCAGGUUGUGGGUUAAUGAAUAUAAUAAAUACACUCGUAGACGGUCAUGGAUUGAUGAUGUACUCGUCGAAAAUCAAGGCACAAAUGCUGUUGAAAGCAUAUAUCUGAGCUUGCCUGCAAAAGAAGCAAUACAAUGGAAUGAUGACCCAUUCCAAUAUAUGGGCAACCUAAGAUUGUUGAAGAUUUGUAAUGUGACCUGCAUCGGGAUGCUUAGAUUUCUCUCAAGAAAGUUGCGGGUUUUAGAAUGGCAUGAAUAUCACUUGGGAUCCCUGCCACCUAGUUUUCAACCUGACAAACUUGUUGAACAUGAACUAAUUGAACUGAAGAUGCCCAACAGCUGCAUAGAACAUCUGUGGAAUGAGAGGCUUUCUUUGAAAAUGCUGUCACUAGUGGAUCUUUCCUACUGUCGAUGGUUGACCAAGACCCCUUCCUUCAGUAACGUCCCAAAUCUUGACAAGUUGAUCCUGGAAGGUUGCGAAAAUUUAUCAAAGCUUCACACAACAGUUUGGGAUCUGCAGCAUCUGGUGUUACUGAAUUUGAAGCAUUGCACAAGUCUAGAGAGCCUUCCCAACUCCAUUAGCUUAAAAUCUCUUAGAAUUUUUACGCUUUCAGGAUGUUCAAAACUCCAACAAUUUCCUGAGAAUGUGAGUAAUAUGCAAGCUCUGUUAGAGCUUCAUGUAGAUGGGACGGCCAUACAAGAGCUGCCAGUAGCAAUACAGCAUUUUACUGGUCUUCAUCUGUUAGAUCUAAGAGGCUGCGUGAAUCUUUCCAAUCUUCCAAAUGCCAUUUGUGGCUUGACAUCUCUUAAGAAUCUGUAUCUGUCGGGUUGUCCACGGAUUGACCGACUACCACAGAAUCUAAAGAGCCUGGAACACUUGGAGGAGAUUGAUGUCAGUGGAACAGGUAUAAAAGAACUGCCCCCGUCCCUUUUACCACUGAAGAAACUGAGAGGAUUCCAUGGAUGUAAUAAUACACUGAUUAGAGAAGAAGAUGCAGCAGGUUGUGCUGAAUCCUUAAAACACAACUACCGAUACAGGCCGAGUUUGACAGAUUAG